AGCAUGACAAUUAACAUUUGACCUUUGUUUCCAUAACAGCCAAGUACACUACUGGAAAGGCUACUUAAAAAUAAUUAAGAUGCUAUCGUUCUUUAUCAUAAUAUAUUAUUCAUGUACUGAUGUUAACUUACUGCAUGACACGCAAGCAACUGGGGAUAUACAAUAACGUCUAGGUGAGUAUGUCCCUCGAAGCUUUCCAAGCAUCAUUUCUUCUUGCUAGCUCUGCUGACACCCUCGGUUUCCACUACCAGAAGACGUCUUCAGCUAAAAUACUUGAGGACAUCAAGUCUUAUGGAGGAUUACGUGGAGUCACAGUUCAGCCCCCGAAAUGGAAGGCAAGUGAGGGUACGGUACUGCAUAUUGCAUCUGCGUUAGCCCUUAGCACUGAAAAAACGGGGGAUACACUCUUAAACGAAUUUGCUGUGCAAUAUGUGGCAGGGAUGGAUGCUAUGGAUGAUAGAAUUCCUGGAACUGUGUUGCUUGAUUGGACUGGUAAGCUUCGCCCCCGUGAAAUUUAUGGCUACAGAUUACCAUUUGACAGCCAUGCAAAGGACAACUGCGCAGCCAUACGUGCCAUGUGUAUUGGUUUAGUAUUCGUUAAGCCACAUUAUCUACCCAAGUUGAUAAGUGUUGCUAUUGAAAGUGGUCGUAUAACUCAUCAUAAUCCAUCCGCUUAUCUGGGAGCCUUAACUGCAGCUCUGUUUACAUCUUAUGCAGUUCGAGGAAUCGAACCCCGAGAAUGGGGAGCUAGACUGAUAGCCGUACUCCCAAAGGCACUCGAGUAUGUUAUUGGAACUGGGCACUUUGUGGAUGAAAAUAAGAACGCUUGGUCAGAGUUCGAGCAAAAAUGGACAGAGUAUUUAAAAGUGAGACAAAUAACAGAUGGAGAAAGCAAACCCAAGUUUCCAAAGAAGUAUGGAUUAAAAGAAAGGGUAAUUCUCUUUCAGAACUUUGCAGGCACAAAAGUCCCUGGAGCACAUGGAUAUGAUGCGACUAUCAUAGCGUAUGAUGCAAUUCUGUCAUCUGGAAAUAGCUGGGAAGAUCUGUGCAAGAAUGCUGUAUUUCAUGGCGGUGCAGGUCAUGCGAGCGGUAGCCUGGCCGCUGCCUGGUGGGGCGCCAUAUAUGGGCUUAGCCUAGUGCCAAAGACAAACUAUGAAAGCAUUGAGUAUUAUGACUGUCUUAUUGGUCUGGGGAGUAAGUUAUAUGAACUAAGUUGGUGAAAUGAGUGUUCAGAAUCCAACAGUAAUUAUAAUUUCCAAUGUUUCAUUAUUUAUUAUAUUUAUAUCGUAAUGUAUUGCAUCAAAGUAGCAGCUUAUAGAAUGAGGAUGUGGAUGCCUUUUACCUCUAAUGUGCCAAAAUAAAUAUUAUAACCAGUAUUAUUAUUAAUAAUUAUUCUAUUACUAGUUUGGUUAAAUAUUACUACUAUUUGAAUAUUGGUAUUAGGCCUACUAGUGUAAUUUACUAUCAACUACCGGUAUAUUAUUUACAAACAGUAUUAACUAAUAAAAAUGCGAGUACACUCUAUUAAUAGAGAUAUGCACAGUACUGGAAGAUGAUGAGGAUUAUGAAAUGAAUUAUUUUUAUAAAUUUACAUCUUCUCAUCAGAUUUAUCUUCUUAAAGUAGAUGUUUAGAAUCAGCUUUGUCAUUAUUAAACCUUGUAGUUGGUAUCAAAAAUAUGUUUUAUAGGCAGCAAUAGAUACAUGAGUGUUUGCGUUCCCACAAUGUGACUGAAGAAUCUAGCUAGGGCUCAACAACACAACAAACUGAACUACUGUAAAACCUCGAAUAGAAGCUCAAUGGGCUUGGAGAAGAAGCCCAUUUCGAAUUAAAGUAGUUUGCAAAAGUAGCCUACAGGCUUCUUUUCAAGAUAGCAUAGGCCUUUUUUUCGAGAUAGUACAGUACAUACACUGUACAUGAAUUUCAAAGAAACAAAUAAAUUAAAAACGCACUUGGUUAUACAGUAAUUUAGGUGCAUGAUUUAAUGCCGCGCCGGUUAAUACACGCUGUGAUACAGAUUGAUGUUACAGUGGCCCUAUUUAUUGUUUUGUAAUAGUAAUUAUAAAAAAUGUACAGCACUAUUUUGAAAAGAAGCCCCCCACCCACCUCUUUACUUUGCUAAUGUAGUUUCGAAAAGAAUUCCAACUCGAAAAGAAGCCCAUCGAAGUUUUACGGUAUAUCCGAACAAACAUGUAAGUGUGAGGUCCAGAUUUGGCUGUCUCCCUCCCAGUCUAAUGGGGUGGGGUACGUUGGUCACGUUUUGCUACUACAUUUUUAAAUUUCAAUACAAAAAAUACCAAUGCCAUGCUUUGAAGUAAGAAAAAAUAGAAUACAAAUAUGUGCACCCCUCACCACCCUCCCCACCCCCCGUGAAACAUUCUGGAUUGCCCCUGCUAGAUCGUACCUCAACUACUUCUUAGCAACCUUUGGUUAAAGAUGUAUUCACAACUAAUCCGAACUUUCGGAUCAGGAGACCAAAUCGAUCAGAAAAUCUAAUAAUUAAUAAUAGAAUAGAGACGAUGGACGUUCGGUUCUUUGGAAACGAGGUCCGGAAUUUCGGGU